UUGGAGGCAGCAGUGGUGCAGUUCCUCCUCCCCGCCGAAAGGGGGAGCUGCCGCCGCCAGGGCGCUGCCGCCGCGGCCCCUUGGCGUUCGGGGAGGAAGAGGCGGCCUUUCCUGGUCGAGUGAACACCUCGGCUAUUGGGGAUAAGUUGCGGACAACAACGCAAAAGACGCUAGCGCGGAGGCGACAACCUGGAAUUGUUCACAUCCAGCCUGCUGCCGGGACCACGCGGCUUCAUGCUCUGCUACGGCGGAGACGUCUGAGUGUGUCGGCGUGUGAGCUGCGCCCGGUGUCGGGACGCCGAGUGUGGGAAAAUGCCAUUUUUGUCAUGGAGGGUUUGGUCUGCACUUGUGUUGCUUCUCUUUCCUUCCACUGUGGCUGCAGAAGGGUCAGCGCUCCUGGAGGGCUGGCACGAUGUCUGGCUCUUCCGCUUCUUCAUCAACAUGCUGGGAUACUCCACCAUCAUCAUCCCUGGCUACCUCCUCAUUAGCUACUUCAAACGGUCCAGUUACUUAGAAACAGGUAGUGGGCUUUGCUACCCUGUCAUAAAGAGCUGUGUGUUUGGCAGUGAAACCAAAGCAGGUUUACUGGAUGACGUGUCGGUUACUGCCAGGAACGAGGGAGAUUCGGGGUCAUCAGUCAAACAGGCUACCAAACUAAUCUUCUGUGCUGCUGGACUUCAGGCAUCAUACCUAACAUGGGGAGUCCUGCAGGAGAGGGUGAUGACUCGUUCCUAUGGAGCCAUAGCUCCAGAACACGAGGGGGAGAAAUUCAAGGACUCUCAGUUCUUGGUCUUCAUGAACCGCAUCCUGGCUCUCACUGUGUCGGGCCUCUGGUGCAUUCUGUUCAAGCAGCCCCGCCACGGUGCGCCCAUGUACAAGUACUCGUUCGCCUCUCUCUCCAACAUCAUGAGUAGCUGGUGCCAGUAUGAGGCCCUCAAAUAUAUCAGCUUCCCUACUCAAGUCUUGGCCAAAGCCUCCAAAGUCAUUCCUGUCAUGCUCAUGGGUAAGAUCGUGUCUCGUAAAAGCUACGAAUACUGGGAAUACUUCACUGCCGUGCUGAUCUCCGUGGGGGUCAGCAUGUUCCUUCUGUCCAGCACGACCAACAAGCACCCAUCCACCGUCACCACCUUCAGCGGGAUCAUCAUUCUCAUUGGGUACAUCGUCUUUGACAGCUUCACGUCCAACUGGCAGGACAACCUGUUCAAGUACAAGAUGUCGUCGGUACAGAUGAUGUUUGGGGUCAACCUGUUCUCCUGCCUCUUCACUGUUUGCUCCCUGUUGGAGCAGGGUGCCUUCUUCGACUCGCUGGCCUUCAUGACGCGCCACUCCGAGUUCGCCUUUCACGCCGUGCUGCUGUCUGUGUGCUCGGCGUGUGGCCAGCUCUUCAUCUUCUACACCAUCAACCAGUUUGGAGCUGCCGUCUUCACCAUCAUCAUGACGCUGCGGCAGGCCAUCGCCAUCCUCCUCUCGUGUUUCCUCUACGGUCACGCCGUUACAGUAAUAGGCGGGUUUGGCGUCGCCAUAGUUUUCCUGGCACUUUUCUUACGUGUGUACGCACGUAGCCGCAUGAAGUCAGGGCGGAGGUCUGCGCAGCCGCCUGUGCAAAAGGUGUAGUACUCUGAAGUUGCACCAAACUGAGAACUGAGGCCACGUUUUCUGUGGUGAUUUUGUUUUUGCCAGUUUGUGUUUAUCUGUUGUCUGUUUUGUUUUUGACCAUUUUUUUUUAGUUUCUUGACAGCAAUGGUACAGAAAGGGAUUGUGCAGUUCUGACUCUUACACCGAGAUGCCCCUCCAGUCAGAAGUCACAGACGUUUUUAGUGCCUGUAAGACCUAAUCAUUUCAAGUCUAAAGCUGCAAACUGCUAACUGCCUCUGCAGCUCUUCACAAUUUAACAGUGGAAUAUUGUUGAACCAUGUGUGGCUUCUGCAGCCACUGUAAGUUUACGGUGAGCCUCCGCAAAGGUACACAAGCCAAGAGGCUGAGCAUUAUUUUCAAUUAUUCAUGUCAUGACUUUUUACUCAGUUUUAUUCCAGAUGUUUGAAUAAGACAUUCAUCUUAUGUAAACGGUUUUUUAUUCAGCAAAUGUGUUUCUGUCAAUCCUCCAUGUUGGACAGCAGGCGUCUUAUCAUGGGACACUGUAAACAGGCUGAAUAUUUGGUGCACACGUUUAAGUUAAAGUAUGUUAACGUGUCAUCUAUAACGGGGCGGUGAUAGACAACACUUUGCGUAGUGAGGAGCUCACUAUAAUUUAUGCCCGCGCUGAACUGCGUGCUGCUGUGGGUGCUUCAUGCUAUAGUUUAUGUUAUUACCACACGCAUUUCUACUCAACAUUUUUAAAUUGGACAAGAAAUUGUGUAAAUAAGUCUGAGUCAUCAUUUAUUUCCAACCAAACUGUCAGUGUACUUUUGUAAAAUGAUUGCUUCGUGUGUUUCAAUGUUACACAAUCGGAAGAUUGUUGAAUGGAAGUUAAUGACAUCCGCUCAUAUCUUUUACGAGGAUACAAAGAUUCUGCACGUGUGGAGAAGAGUUUUAUGAACAGAGUGCUACAAGGCAAAUGUUAUGUCACUGGUACCUUGUUUUUAUCAUUCUAUUUGCUCUGGUAAAUGCAUUAUUAAUAAAACAUAUUCAAUUAACUCACAAA